UUAGCAAAUGACAUAAGUUUACAGCUCACCACAACCUUCAUUCUCUCUGUCUCUCUUAUUAUAUUCAUAGUCAUUGCUCAGUUUUGAAGUUCUCAAUUAUCGGGUGUCAAAAUCUAAUCCUAGACCAAAACAAGGUUUCACUUUUAGUUUAUUUGGGUUUCUGGGUCAGGGCCCAAACGGUGAAUAAGACCAAGGUGGUGGUGGUGGUGGCGGCUUAGCGAGCCAGGGGUUGAGUUUGCAAUCAGUGCUGUGAAUUUCUUUGUUUCUGAUAUGGAUGCUUAUAAGAGGUGGGUUAGGCGGAACAAGGAGUAUGUGCACUCGUUGGAGUCUCUAGCCAAUGGAAUGACAUGGCUUCUUCCUGAACGGUUUUCUGAUUCAGAGAUAGGACCAGAAGCAGUAACUACUGUUUUGGGCAUAAUCACUGCUAUCAAUGAACAUAUCAUUGAUACGGCUCCUUCUCCAAUGCACAGAGGCUCUGCGGAGCCUUAUUCAUUUCCUUAUCCAUUAUGUAUAUCUGCGCUGAAGGACUUGGAAACAUUAAUUGAAGUUGUGGCACAACAUUACUAUGGAGAUGAUAAGAAAUGGAAUUUCAUUGCUAUUACAGAGGCUUCCAAGGUGCUAGUUAGGUUAGCCUUGUUUCGGAACAGUGGAUAUAAGAUGCUUCUGCAUGGAGGGGAGACACCAAACAUCGACAAGCAGCCAGAUGCCUAUAGUUCUCAACAUGAAAAUGGUGGUUUCACAAAGCCUGGAGGGCAUGGUGAGUCAGAUUACUUAAUGAACAAUCAUGCACAGAAUCUAGAAGGAAGAGCACUGUCUGCAUUAAACAGGUUUGGAGAAAAUGCUAGGAUGGUUUCAGAGCCAGUAUGGUUGCGCAGGGUUCAACAACAACAUGCUAUAAUGGAGCCUCCAAGAUCAGUGGUUCAGAGGCCAACCAUUUCCACCAUAUUGUCUGAAAAGGGUCUUCAUGGGGCUUUAUUUCUAGCAGGGGAAAUGCUAUUUAUCGCAAGACCACUAAUUUAUGUUUUAUUUAUCCGGAAGUAUGGAAUCAGGUCAUGGAUUCCUUGGUUGCUUUCUCUGACUGUGGACUUCGUUGGGAUGGGCAUUCUCUCAAAAGUUACAGAGUCGAGCAGUCUUAGAAAAGAGCAACAGUUUCAUCUUUCAAUCUCUGAAAAGAAUGAGGUUAAAAGAAGGAAGCUGUUAUUGGCGCUUUACCUUAUGAGAGAUCCUUUCUUUAGCACGUAUACUAGGCAAAAACUUGAAAGCACCAGGAACGUCUUGGAACCUGUACCUAUCAUUGGAUUUCUUUCAGAGAAAAUAGUUGAUCUUAUUACUGGAGCCCAAACACGAUACACUUACAUGUCAGGAUCAUAAGAUGGAAGCACCAACUAGUUACCCUUCUUACAGUCCUAUAUUUUUAGGACCUAUUACCCAGAAGGAACAAAAGCAACAAAAGAACAAUUUUUGGAUGAAGUAAUCCUCCAAAAUACAAUAUGAAAAGCACCAGGGUGAGCUUUGGUGUCUCACACUCUUGCUUUGGUUCAAAAUUUUGUCCCCUCUGAUUUGGCCACUGGUGAUAGCUUAGAUCCUCACUGAUGUUUUCUUGUGAGUUCCUUAUUUUUUAUUGUUAUUUUAUUUUCAGGCCAGAACAUAAGUUGGUUUUUUUUUUUUUUUUUUAGGGGGUAAAGUUUUCUUGAUCCACUGUCAAUUUGAACAGUAUAUUUAUUAUGAGUCUGGAAAAUCCAUGUACAAGUUUGGAUGGAGGAUGUACCUGAGUUUUGGAUGUUGUAAUUCAACAUGACAUCAUUCGUUACUUGUCUUACUUCUCAAUAGUGUAGUACAAUUGGUUUUCGAAUAUCUUUCCUUA